AUGAACAUAUCACACGUUGCUGUAUUGUGUGCUAUAGCGUUUAGCACAGUUCUUGCUAUGUUUUUCUCUUCUUAUAUGGAAAGUCGAAUGGCUGCCCGAGUACCCCAUUUCCUGUCUCUGGUUCGAGACCGCACUAUCUGCAACGUUAAGGAAAUGUUGGAUGCGGUUACUGGGAGUUCCUUUGAAAUGACAAAGAAAAGAAGUUAUAGUGGUGCCAGACUGCAGAAAGAAGAAUUGGUUCAUAAAGAGAAGCCCAAUGUAGAUGGCAUGGUCUGUAAGAGCUGGGCAGUCAUCACGUCCGUCAAUUCUCCCACUGUUGUAGUUCGGCAACUAGCUGAGACAGAGGAGAACCUUUGUGUGGUUGUUGUGGCAGACAAGAAGUCUCCGAUAGAGUAUAACGUAACCCGCGCUCACUUGGUCUAUCUCACCGUGGAGGAUCAGGAGAAGCUCGAUUAUAAUAUUAUGAAGUUAGUACCGUGGAAUCAUUUUGCCCGUAAGAAUGUGGGUUUCCUGUAUGCUAUCCAGCACGGAGCAAAGCGAAUUUUUGAUCUAGAUGAUGAUAAUGAGCUGAUUUCAGACAAGAACAUUAUGAAUCAGGUCUUCCGUAAGGAUAAGAAGACAUUCAAGUUCGUUAAUACGACUCAGUACGUGACCAACCCUUACAUGAUCUAUCUGAACAAGGAGGGUGAGUACAUUUGGCCUCGUGGCUAUCCUCUGGAGGCUAUCAAGACCCCUCAUGAUUACUCCUUCAUCGACGAAAACCCCUCUGAGAAGUCUUCGCUGGUGAAUAAAAUCGGCGUGAUCCAAUACUUGCAGAACGUGAAUCCGGACCUGGAUGCGAUUUACCGCAUCACGAGUACGAUUCCUUCCACCUUCGACCCCUCCAUCACCUAUUGUAUCAUUUUAAAGAAGACGUCAUUCUCUCCAUGGAACGCCCAGUCGACUGUAUUUGAAUAUGAAACCUUUUGGGGUAUGUUGCUUCCGAUGACCGUGCACGGCCGCGUCUCGGACAUUUGGCGAUCGUACUUCACGCAACGAGUGAUGUGGGAGCGCGAUAAAUACAUGGCGUUCUGCCCUUCCAUCGUGAAUCACAUUCGAAACCAGCAUAGACUGAUCAAGGACUUCGAUGCGGAGAUGCCGCUCUACACGCAGACCGAAGCGAUGCUGAAGUUCUUGAACGAGUGGACGCCGAAGGCGCAGGAAGUUCCAGAGAUUUUGGAAGAGUUGUAUGUGGAGAUGUACGAACGCGGCAUCGUGGAGCUUCGCGAUGUGGAGUUCAUUCAAGCGUGGAUCCGGGAUCUAGUGCAGAUCGGCUAUCGGUUUUGA